AUGGCGGGCCUCCCGACACUGUCCCCAUAUAUAGUUCUUACAGCUGCACAGGCCGCAAGCCGCGCAAGUGCUGAUGCAGCAGCAUCACCGGCGGCCAGUUCACAUCCGGUCAAGAUGCCAAGGAUAAUUUAUGGCACGGCGUGGAAGAAACAGAGAACAAAGGAACUGUGCAUAAUGGCCCUGCGUGAGGGUUUUCGGGGCUUUGACACCGCUUGCCAGCCCAAGCACUACAACCAGAAGGGCUUAGGAGAAGCUCUAUCAGAAGCGUUCUCCCAUAUGAACAUAGACAGAGAACAGCUGUAUAUUCAAACAAAAUAUACUCCAGUAGGUGGGCAAGACCGGAAAACUAUACCAUAUGACCCAAGUUUGCCCGUGCAGGAGCAAGUCUUACACAGUAUACAGGUGUCGCUGCGAGAAUUGGGUGUAUCAUAUAUUGAUGCAGUGCUGCUGCAUUCCCCAUUAGACACUCCACAAGAGACACUGGAUGCUUGGAGGGGUCUAGAGGCAGCAGUAGAGAGGGGCCAUGUUAGGGCUUUAGGCAUAAGCAAUUGCUAUUGCCUUCAAGAUCUGCAACACCUGCAUGCAGCUGCAUCUAUCAAGCCCGUGAUCGUGCAGAACCGUUUCUACCCAGCCACAGGUUAUGAUGCAUCGCUGAGGGCCUGGUGCUGCAAGAAUGGAAUUGUUUAUCAGGGAUUCUGGACACUUACUGCAAACCCCCAUGUCCUGAGGGAUCCUAUUAUCACUCACUCUGCCAGGAGGCUCAAAUGCACUCCCGAACAGCUCUGGUUUCGCUAUUUAAUGGAGCGGGAUAUCGUGCCUCUGACGGGCACGACCGACCAGGAACACAUGCAGCAAGACUUCAGCUGCAUUGACGUCGAAUUGCCACCUGUUGUCUGCGAACAGCUUGAUGCAUCUCUGCCCCGCGCCUAA